GUAAGCAAUCCGCAAACCCGUAGUAAUCUCGUGGACUGGCGAUACCAUCCUUCGUAGGCGGCAUGCAUGGGAACUUACCCACAACUUUUUGAUAUAAGGAAUCAUUUGGGCUUUAUGGCUGGUCGUACUCUUUUUGUUCCAUCAUUGCAAGAGAAUUACUGAAAUACAUAUCCUUUCAGCUUCAGCCUCUUCCCGCCCAUUUUGUGCUGACUGUUCCUUGUCACAACAUCCCGCACCAUCCACAACAUUACUCUUCCCGAGUUGAUAUAUCCUCCAGUCUCUUGUGACAGAGCCCUCAAACUUUCCAUCUUCUCAUCUCCUUCACAUCUACAAACCCCCCACCUUUUUACUUGCCUACAACACAAGCCAACUCAUUGACACACCUAACAUCAGUAACCGCAGACGAACCGGCGAGAAAUAGCCGCCACUAACAAAACGAGAUAGUUACAAGCUUACCACUUAGUCUUGCAGAACCAAAAGCAUCACGAUGCGCACACAAACCUUUGCAGCCUUCCUCCUCACCGCGGCCCUGCCCGCCAUAGUCGCAGCUCUGCCUACUAACAUCCCCAACACACAACUAACAAGCGCUCCCGCUUUCGAGGCCCGCAGCACACAUGAUAUUGAGGACAUUUCUCUGGCGAAGAGGUCCGAGGUUGUUGCGCGCCAGGAGGGCGGACAACCGGAGUACGACAUCUAUGAGUCCGACAUGGAUGGUCUGGAGGGUCCAGAGCAGGCUAGUCACCAGUUUGGAGGCGAGGAGCCUGAAGACUUCGAGGACUUGAUGAACGGCCAAGUUGAUUUUUCCAAGUUUCAGGAGCAGAUGCUCCAGCGCCAAGACGAAGAGCUCAGAGAUGAAGAGCGCAGACAGAAAGACUCAAACUGGGAGGGGCCCCUUGAGGAUGGUGAACCGUUUGGAAUGAAAUCUGUUCCAGAGGAGCCCUUUGACUUUGACUUUAACAUACUGGAAGCCCGCUCCGAUGAGGCGCCCUCACCGGAUAUGGGUCUGGUAGUGGACGAACAAGUCCCGACGCGGUUCAGGAGGCGCCACGAGGGCCACGGCGAUGGGCAUGAGACUAAUGACGAGGGUGCCGAGCCCGAACAGGCGCACAGCGGAAACGUCGAUGGCCAUGAGACUGAUGUCGAGGGUGCUGAGCCCGAAGAGGCGCACGCCGGACACGGCGACGAACCGCAUGACGACGAGGACACGGUAGAGGAAGAGGACGAGAUGGUGGAGAGGAGACAGCUCGGCCACAUUGCCGAAGAUGAAGGAGACGACGAUGAGGAUGACGCGUUUGCCGGUCUUGACAUGUCCGCCCACGCCGGCGAUGACGAAGAUGGCGAUGACGACGAGGAGGAGGCCUUGGUCGACGAGGAUUACGAGGACGCCGAGUAUGAGGAGGAUGGGUUCGGUCUUGAUAGGCGAGACUUGCCUGGAGUUAACAACGGCGCCGCCGACUCGUCCAUCAUUAUUGAGAAGCGCGAGGUUGGUACGGAACAGACUACGACGCCUCCGCCGCCGAUUGCGAUCGAGAGGAGGGUUGCAAGGUCAUUCAGGGCGUGAGUUUUCUCGAUUCAUUUCUAGUAUAUCUUUUGUUUGUUUUUUUUCUUGUUUUCUCUUCUUGUAUAAUUAGCAUUGGAGCGGGCGCAUUUGGGUUUCUUUGGUUCUAGGUAUUUCGUUCUAUUCCCACAUCAUUUCCAUGA